AUGAGCAAUGCCACAAUCAUCAAUGAUGAGACUAUUGAUCUAUUGUUGAAGGAUAUUGGAAAUGCUCUCAUUCGUUCAGAUGUCAACAUGAAGUUGGUCAUCCAAAUGAGAAAGAGUAUCAAAGAUCAGAUCAAGUUGGAUUCAAUGGCUGCAGGUCUAAACAAGAGAAGAAUCAUCAAGAAGGUUGUAUUUGACGAGUUGAUCAAGUUGUUGGAUCCAGGCGUUGCACCUUGGAAGCCUACAAGAGGUAAGGCAAACGUUAUUAUGUUUGUAGGUUUGCAGGGAGCAGGUAAAACAACUUCAGUGACAAAGUUGGCACAUUACUACAAGAGAAAUGGAUAUAAUACUGCGAUGGUCUGUGCCGAUACAUUCCGUGCUGGUGCGUUCGAUCAGCUGCGACACAAUGCCACCAAAGCCAAGAUCCCCUUCUAUGGUAGUGACACGGAGCGCGACCCCGUCGCCGUCGCCAAGAAGGGUGUGGACAUCUUCAGAAAGGAGGGCGCCGAGAUCAUCAUCGUCGAUACGUCCGGUCGUCACAAGCAGGAGGAGGAGCUCUUCAAGGAGAUGAAGGAGAUCGAGACCGUCGUCAAGCCCGACAACGUAGUCUUUGUCAUGGACAGUUCCAUUGGUCAAGCUGCUUCCGACCAAGCCACAGCCUUCAAGAACUCUGUAAAAGUCGGUUCAGUCAUCAUCACCAAGAUGGAUGGUCAUUCAAAGGGUGGUGGUGCUAUCUCUGCCGUGGCAGCUACAAAGAGUCCAAUUAUAUUCAUUGGUACAGGUGAGCAUAUUCCAGACUUGGAUCUAUUCAAUGCUCAGUCGUUCGUCAGCAAGCUGUUGGGCAUGGGUGAUAUGACUGGUGUCAUGAAUUUGAUUGCCGAUGUUGUACCAAAGGAUACCAAAGCAUUCGAGGAGAUCGCCGCCGGUAACUUCACCUUUAGAAACAUGAGACAACAGUUCCAACAGAUUAUGAACCUUGGUCCACUUGACAAAUUCGUACAGAUGUUCCCUGGAAUGAACAACAUGCCAAUGCUACAAGGCAAUGAUGGAAACAUGAAGUUUAAGGCAUUUAUUAAUAUAUUGGACAGUAUGACUGAUGGAGAACUGGAUGGAAAGCAUCCAAUGACACCAACUAGAAUAUUAAGAAUUGCCAGAGGCUCGGGAAGACAUCCACGCGAGGUGGCCGAGCUGGUGGAGCAGAAGAAGGUGUUUGAGAAGAUGUUUAAGAAUGCAGGAAUGAAGAACAUGAUGAAGAUGGCGUCGAAUGGUGGCAUGCCAAACCAGCGCAACAUGCAACAGAACAUGCAACAGCUGGCGGGAAUGGUUCCACCUCAGAUGAUGAAGCAGAUGGGUAUGGGCGGUCUGCAAAACAUGCUCAACUCUGUCAAGAACAUGAAAGGAAUGGGCGAUCUGAGCAAACUUGGUCUGGGAGGACUUGGCGGAGGCAACAAUCCAUUCGGACUGGAUUAA